AUGCUGUUUUCAAAUUACGGCGACUUUCAAACAGAAAACGGGACAAGAUUAUCGGCUAAACUGAGACAAGAUCGGUUUGUUCGUCGACUUAUUGGAAUGCUUGGACUUCAAAGAAAGCUAAAGACGAUUCUCCUGGUUUUACUAGUCAUCUACUUAUCCAUUAACAUCUAUUAUACUUCGCGUACCAUUAUUCAAAACGAAGCUCAAAUAGCUAUGUUAAAGAAAGUGCUCCACAAACCGCUAUGCGUGGCACAUGAGAAAAUUGUUCAAAGACUUCGACGAUUAACGAAAGACCUCAAUUACGUGCGGAUGUCCGUGGAUCGUGAUGUAGCCAUGGCAAGAAUCAUCGACGACCAUUCCGAUAAUCUACGAAAACUUCUCCGAGAAAUUGAGUUGAUUACGAGAUCGAACUUGGACGAUGAUAGGCUUAAACGGCUCAGCGGAGACGAGCCGAAAGCAUCAACAAUUGUCUGCCCUGAACAUUAUAGAGGAUCAAUGUUUGGUUAUCCGUUUUAUAGACAAGGCUUUGAAACGGAAGACUGUUCCCUAAGAAAAGACUUAAAAAUGCACGUGACAUUAAUUUUUGAUGACUUGAUGGUGACAAAGUUAACGGGUCAUCUAGCCUUGCAAACUAACCAAUCAGGUGAAAACAGCCACUUCAAAUGGUUUUUUGAAUUUUUUGAUAGCGUACAUCGUUUAUAUCCCGGAGUCAGAACGCAUUAUAUUUUAGGAAAGAACUGGAAUCAACGCUCCUUUGAUGUGAUAAAGAAUAGGGCGACUGCCAAAUUAUACAAAAAAGCUUCAUUUUAUUCUUUAAGAGAGAAUGUGUUCAGUAAAGCAGAACUUCUUCAGAACAUAAUAGAUGGAGUGAACACAGAGUAUGUUUUAAUUGCACCUCAUGUAACUCACUUCACAGAAGAUGUGAACCUUGAAAGGCUCCUAAGAGUUCUUUCAACUCGUGAAAAAACAUUUUUUGCUGGUGGCAGCUAUAGAAAUUUAACAGGUCACUGGUCAAAUGGUUGUCUUCAAACGCAGCUCAAAAAUUAUACCUUGAUUUACAGGUCCGGCUAUGAUCACUCUAUUGACGAGUGUUUGGUUUGCGACCACCUGUCGGGUCCAUUUCUCGCAAAAACUUCUGCACUUAGAGAUAUUGGCUUUAAGCUUAAUAGUGGACACGGAAUUUACCAAGAUUUAUUUUUGAGAGUAAAGGAACGAUAUAGCCGAUCUCAUCAGGGUGUGACCGGUCAUGGUGUUCAAGCUACAGUAGUGAGUUGCCCGGAUGUUAUGUUUCAUGUGAAGAACGUUUACGUGGACGAUGAGGAACUGGUCGACUUUGCAAACAAGCAUGAAAUUAAAAAGAUAGUCGAAGAAGACGGCAGAAACAGGUGGUUCGGUUGUCGAAGGGGUAUAAAACAUCGUAAUGGUGAAAAGUGUCCGAUAAAGUCGGGGCUUGCUGUUCCGCCAUGUUGUCUGGAGAACUUAGCUGAGGCAAUUAUAUUUAUCAUGUCCCAAUGUCGCGAGAACAAUGCAUCAUGCGAACUUCAAGAAGGGACUUUAUUAGGUGCUGUUAAGCUAAACAAAGUGUUACCUUGGGAAAGAGAUGCUGAUAUAACGUUUCUAACGGCGGACUUUCCGAAGGUUGUCAAGCUACAAGACGUGUUUAUCAAACAGGGAUAUGUAAUUGCUACUAUCAGUAAGUAUAAUAACUUUAGAGUGUUUUUGGACUUUGGCAAGUCUUAAGAGGCGUAUUAAAGAGAUUGUCGCACAGAUGGGUAGGGAAAGCAACGAGUAAGUGAAAACACGCACUGUAUAUACUAGCAUAGUUUAAUGUAGGCCAAUAAAAUUGCGCUUCAGCGCAACGUUAAAGCAAGCGCGAAAUAGUUGGCAUUCUACACAUUCACGAAACACGAAGAUUCUCACAAGCUGAUGGAUUGGUAAAGAGACAAUGUGUUUCACCACAACGAGUUUUCACGUGCAUUUUGCCUAUAUCGUUUUCGUCGUUUCAUUCGUUUAACAGCGAUUAAAGUCUUCUGAUUGUUCGAGUAGAAGUCUACCGUUAAAACUACUGUAUUUUUUCGUUCCUAGAGCAACCAUGGUGUUGCGUGGAAGACAGUUUAGCCGGAGGCAAAAUCGAGUUACUUGCGGACGGUUGGUCCAUUCAGAUGUAUGGUCAGCACAGGAUGAGCCCGAAAGGAACCAACACCAAUGGGCUCCUGCCAACAAAGAUCCAUUUCAGCAACAGCUGGCUCAAUGUACCUUUCAAUCCAGGCCGUUAUGCUAGAAACCGCUAUGGGAAAGAAGUAUACAAGCAUGCGGAACACUGGCUUUCCACAGGCAAACAGUCUGGCUGGGACGCGUACGAGACUGGGGUUUUUAGUUCAUGCCCUGUAAAAGGAUUUCACGGGUGUCUUGAUCAGUAUCAGCCCGACGGGUCAAUACAGUUCGAAAAUCAGUGUUAA